UUGGGCUGAGGUACUGGGUUUGCCCGCAAGGUGGCAGUGCAGCCACUUCAGUCUCCAACGAUAGAGGAAGUGACUCGGGGGAAAAAACAUCUUGAGCCAGCGAUGAAUUUAGACCGCUCGCUUGCGAACAGCCAGCUGCUGUCUUCCGUGUCUGCGCACAGUAAUAACCCCAGUAAUACUCAUUAUUAUUAUUAUUAUUAUUAGCCCGAAGCUGUCCGCUUUCUCUAAUAAAGCUGUAAGGCUUGCUGUUCCUCUGAGAUCACAACCCCUCUCUCACAGACUGGCAGAGACAGAGAAAAGCGAUAAUUCAGCAACAUGGCGGACAGUGCUGGGGAAGAGCCGUCUCAGCAGCUUACAGCCGGCCCUGCUACCGCCGCCGCCUCUGCGGGAAUCGUCGCCACUGGCGGCGGUACCGCGGGAAUCCACUUCACUCAGAUCCUGCCGAGCUUCGGGAAUGCACUGGCGCAGAGUACCGGUGACUCCGCCGGGACCAGCCCGGGUCUGGUGGCCUCCACUGCAGCUGCGUCGGGGCACGGUUUCACGCCUGGUUCUGCUGUUAGUGGUACCACUGGGGAUGUCUCCCCGGCUUUCGGUGCUACUAUUGGUGUCGUCGGCACCGCAGUGGGUACUGCCAUCCUAGCCCCCUCGGCCGGCAUCGGGAACGCCGUCGCCUCUGCGAUCCCCAGCAUCGGUUUAGGUCUCACCGGCACAGACACCCCGAAUACAGCCACAGGUUUGCACCCCAUCGCCGGCUCCGUGGCCGGAGCGGGUUUGCUUUCCCAGCUUCACUCCACGUUCUGGGACCCGACCAUUAGCACGGACUGGGACAACGAGAAAGCGUCGCAGCAGUGUAUCCUGAGGAUCAAAAGGGACAUCAUGUCAAUCUACAAGGACCCCCCCCCAGGCAUGUUUGUGGUUCCAGACCCUCAUGACAUGACUAAGGUAAUUGGAAUUGGGGGGGGGGGAGUCACGUUACCUUCCGUGUUGUGCAGGACGUGGACCGGCCCGGCUUGGAGCCCGGCUCAGAGCAUCUCCUCGGUGCUCAUCUCCAUCCAGUCCCUGAUGACAGAAAACCCGUACCACAACGAGCCCGGCUUCGAGCAGGAGAGGCACCCCGGCGACAGCAAGAACUACAAUGAGUGCAUCCGCCACGAGACCAUGAGGGUGGCGGUGAGCGACAUGCUGGACGGGAAGUGCCCCUGCCCUGAGGCCCUGUGGAGCGUGAUGGAGAAGUCUUUUCUGGAGUACUAUGAUUUCUAUGAGGGAGUCUGCAAGGAGCGCCUUCACCUGCAGGGGCAGAGCAUGCAGGAUCCUUUCGGUGAGAAGAGAGGGCACUUUGACUACCAGAACCUGCUGUCCCGGCUCGCAGCCAUCCAACAGCGUGUGAAGGAGAAGUGCCAGAGCCAGGAGAACGACGCAGACACAGACUCGGACUCCAGUUCCACAGGGACCGACCCCGACAGCCAGGGCAGCUCCAAGCCCUAGGGACAGGGAGAGAAACUCUGAAACAGAACUCUUUUCGUAAGAGGUGCAAAGUUCCAGCUUUUUCUAACCUUUUUCAAGGAGACAAAAUAAGUUUGCUUGUUUUUUUUUUGUUUUUUUUUUGGGAAGCUAGGCCAUCUUAAUGAUGGCUGUAAGCUUCAAUGAGGAGUUCAUCGAUUUAAAUAAAUGCAUACGUAUACAUGAUAAUUAAAUAAAUACAAAUGUUUAUUAAAAAGACUGUUCUGGGGUUCCCGAAUGGUUCUGGCUGUCGACGUUCUAGAGGAUUCCAGAAGAGAACGUUCUGGAAUGAUUUAGCGUUCUAAAAGAAGCUGGGAGCACACUGCAGGAGGAGGAGGACGUUUCUGCUUAUUUUCAAAGACAGACGGCAUCUCAAACGAGACGUCAAGGGCUCUGUCUCUCUUUUCUCUAAAUGUCGCCGCAAAAACGUGUUUUGUUUUUCUUUCAACGGCGAAGCAUUGCUAGAGAUCUAAAGAGUUUAGCGUCUGAAACAGGAUCGGCGUGCAGAGGAACACGCCCCCUUGUGGCAACAACAACAACAACAACAACAACCACCACAACCACAACCACAACCAAAGAGCAGGAACAUGGACACAGGCCCUGUCCUGAGUUUGUCGUUUCAAACUACUGUCUUGUUCUUAUGAGUUAUUAUUGUUGUAUGAUUUGUUAAAGAGUACAAAAUAAUAUUAUUAGUGGUAAUGUUGAUGCCAAAAAAAAAAAAAAUGUUGUUCAUGAUAACAAAAGAUUAAAUGCCUAACUUGUGAUUUUUGUAGAUAGGCAACAGGUAAGUUUUAAUCAGACAUCAAGGACAAUAUUAUAGGGAUGGCAAUAAGACUCCUACUGCACAGCAGUUUCACCCAUUCCAGGUUUUACUACCAGCUUGAUCAGCCCCACUGUGUCUAGGUAACAAGCUAACGUGUGACUUAUUAAACUCUAAGUAAAACCAGGAGUUGAUCAAACCGCUAUGCAAUGAGAGUCUUAUUUCCAUCCCUGUAUUCUGCCCUUUAGGCAGCUCUCUGUUAACCAGGGAGGCCUCUCAAUUCUGAAUUCCUUCUGCUUUGCUUAAUUUCGUGCCUGAAAGCAGCUUCCGUUACCAGCUGUCACUGCUGGGAUGGUGCCUGGUUGUUGGGACGCUGUCAGACCGGCUCACAGACCCGGGUCAGGGCUAGUCUUGGACUGCCUUGCCUCGGCUAAGAUUAGCUUGUCCGGGUUUGGUGAUGAUCAGGGGUCUGUGGAAGGAGUCGUGUGUGUGUUUAACCCAACGUAAAAUAAAUGAUGGGAUGAAUUGUCCAUGUGCAGUUUCCAUCUGGCAGUGUUGCUGAGUGCAGGGUGUCUGUGUGCAUGCUGUCUGUGUGGUGCAAGUGUG